AUGGACUCGGCUCCCGCCGGCGAACCCUUCUACGUGGUCCGCAAGGGGGACGUCAUCGGCAUCUACAAGACCCUCAGCGAAUGCCAAGCUCAAGUCGGCAAUUCGGUUCGCGACCCUUCUGUCACUGUCUUCAAAGGUUGCUCUCUGCGUAAAGACACCGAGGAAUACCUCGCGGCGCGGGGGUUAAGGAACGCUCUCUACGCCAUUGACGCAGCAGAUGCACGAGAUGAAUUGUUCGACGAUCUAGUUCCCUGCCCUUUCCAGCAACCUGAUGGAGGUGCAUCCUCUACAUUGAAAAGGUCACACGAGAUUGAAACCGGACCAUCAAAGAAGCAUCCCAAAGUUGAUGAGCAGGAAUUACCUGAUAGUCAUCUCUCUUGUAUUCUUGAAUUUGAUGGUGCCUCUAAAGGAAAUCCAGGGAAAGCUGGUGCUGGAGCAAUAAUAAGGCGGAUAGAUGGUUCUGUGAUUGCUCAACUACGUGAGGGUCUGGGUAUUGCAACCAACAAUGCUGCUGAAUAUCGUGCAUUGAUCCUAGGGCUGACAUAUGCGGCCAAGAAAGGGUUCAAGUAUAUUCGUGCUCAAGGCGAUUCUAAGCUUGUCUGUAACCAGGUCCAAGAUCUCUGGCGUGCUAAGAAUGAGAAUAUGGCUGGCUUGUGCAAGAAAGUUAAGGAGCUAAAGGGAACAUUUCAUUUAUUUCAAAUCAGGCAUGUUUUGAGGGAAUAUAACUCGGCUGCUGAUGCUCAAGCUAACUUUGCAGUAGAACUUCCUGUUGGUGAAGUUCAAGAGCAGUCGAACUUUUCAUGCUAG